GCAACUUACACAGCCCGGGCCAGCAGACUCAGAGGGGAGAGAGAAGACGCGACAGAGAGUAGGCAAGCGAGAGAUGUCCUUGUGUUCAUUUCAACCUGCGGGUUCCCUCGGGGAAGGGAGUAAAGGGGGGGAAGGCCACAGGGAUGGAGUCUCGGCAAAUCAUUCUGUGAGCAACGUUGACCUCUGAGGAUCUGACAAAUUGAGGUGAAGCAGCUGAUACACAAGGACACAAUGACAACCGAGCAUGCUCAGAGCGUGCAAGAGAGGUGAAGCAGCAUAAAGAGGGGGGCCCUAGGUGCUCCGGUACACUGUCAACACACGACACAAGGGAGACUGGGAGUGAGAUCUUGAGACGAAGGCUUGCCUUUCUCUCAGGAAGACUUGAAUGUAUUUUGGUGGCGCUGUGCAAGGAGCAAGGUUGCUCUUUCAUUGUUCAGGCAGCCAGUGCAGUAAAUCAGAGUGGCAGUGUACUGUGUAUGUAUGUAGUGUAAGCUUCAAGAGAUUGCAGACCAGACCGGGAGCAGAUGCUGUUGAUUAAUAUGCUGUUCUGGCGUCUGUAGCUUUGAAAAUGAAAGCCCAUCCCCUGGUGUUUGCCGUUUAUCUGCUGUGAUGCGAGGGUCCAGCUGCAGGAUGAACAUUGCUGCUGUGUUGAAUGGGCUGCUGGUGUCCGUUCUGGCGGCAGUGCUGUGGAAGUAUGCCAAGCUGCGAGAGCAUGCCUAUUCAGUGGAGGAGGAGCUGCUCCUGACACAGCAGUCCCAGGAGCUGUCUCAGGUCCGCAUUGACUACCACACCGCCCUGCAGUCCCUCCAGGAGGAGGGAACCCGCAUGGUGUGCACGGGCAAGAUGCACACUGACCGUAUCUGCCGCUUCAACUACCUCUGCUACUCCAACGAGGCUGAAGAGUUUGUCUUUUUCCACAGCAACUCCUCGGUCAUGCUUCCCAACCUGGGAUCCAGAAGGUUCCAGCCUGCCCUCCUCGACCUCUCCUCUGUAGAGGACCACAACACCCAAUACUUUAACUUCCUGGAGCUGCCUGCGGCUGCCCUCAAGUUCAUGCCCAAGCCCGUGUUUGUACCCGAUGUGACUCUCAUCCUGAACCGAUUCAACCCAGACAACCUUAUGCAUAUCUUUCAUGAUGACCUUCUCCCUAUUUACUACACCAUGCUGCAGUACCCCGAUCUGGACCAGGAUGCCCGCUUGGUCUUCAUGGAAGGCUGGAAUGAGGGUUUGCACUUUGACCUCUACCGUUUAAUGAGCAACAAGCAGCCCCUCCUGAAAGAGCAACUGAAGAACUUUGGCAAGCUCCUGUGCUUCACCAAAUCAUAUGUGGGGUUAUCUAAAAUGACCACCUGGUACCAGUAUGGUUUUGUUCAACCCCAGGGCGCCAAAGCCAACAUAUUGGUGUCGAGUAUGGAAAUCAGACAGUUCACCAGGUUCCUGAUGGAGAAACUCAACGUGAGUAUGGAAGAAAGUUCUAGUGGUGAUGAGUACAUUGUAGUUUUCAGUCGUACAAUAAAUAGGCUGAUUCUUAAUGAAGCAGAGCUUAUUUUAGCCCUAGCACAAGAGUUCCAGAUGAAGACAGUCACUGUUUCUUUGGAUGACCAUUCCUUUGCAGAUAUCGUGCAGAUCAUCAGCAGGGCGUCAAUGUUAGUCAGCAUGCACGGGGCCCAACUUGUUACAUCAGUCUUCCUGCCUAGAGGAGCUCUAGUUGUUGAGAUUUUCCCAUACGCUGUUAACCCAGACCACUACACCCCAUACAAAACUCUGGCCUCUUUGCCUGGCAUUGACCUGCAGUACGUGGCCUGGCAGAACACCAAUGAGGAGAAUACGAUGGCCUUCCCGGAUAGACCCUGGGAUCAAGGUGGCAUAGCCCAUCUGGAGAAAGCAGAGCAGGAGCACAUUAUGAAAAGCAAGGAGGUCCCUCAGCACCUGUGUUGCCGCAACCCAGAAUGGCUUUUCCGCAUUUAUCAGGACACAAAAGUGGACAUCCCCUCGCUCAUCGAUGCCAUUAGACAGACUGUUAAGACCAAGCCGAACCUGAAGAAAGCGAAGCCUGGAAUUAUCGUCCACCCUGGAAAAGUGAGGGAUCCCAAAUGCCAGGCAUCCAUCCAGGGCACCAAUGAAGCCAGACUGACUGUUUCCUGGCAGAUUCCCUGGAACCUGAAGUACCUGAAGGUCCGGGAAGUGAAAUACGAGGUGUGGAUACAAGAGCAAGGGGAGAACACAUACAUGCCUUAUAUCCUGCCACAUCAGAACUACACCUUUUCAGAGAACAUCAAGCCUUUCACCACGUACCUAGUAUGGAUACGUUGCUUUUUCAACAAAACCCUUCUGGGACCCUUUGCAGACGUGUUGGUCUGCAGAACGUAACUUUAAUUACAGCUGCGGUCAUGUAAGGGUUAUAUCGUGACUUGGUCCAGACAGCCAUUACCUCGGAAAGGUUUGGAAGGGACUUGAUUGAAAGCUAUUUAUGAUUACUAAAGUAUUGUAAUUGGUCUCAAACCAUUUGUUUUAUGGAUCAGACACCCCAGUACACAUCGGACAGCUAUCUGGUCGUUCACAUCUGAACACCAGCAAGCAACAUAGACAAAGAUAAAAGUCAAAUAAAGAAUAUAGUUAUUGAUAUAUAUAUAUAUAUAUAUAUAUAUAUAUAUAUAUAUAUAUAUAUAUAUAUAUAUAUAUAUAUGAUUUCUGUUUUCUGGUGCCCCUGUGAUAUGUUCAUUAAGUGAUACCAAGAAAAACAUUCUAGAAAGAAAACAAAUUGGACAUGGUGUAUGAUUUGGUAGUUUUUCUCGUGAAAGUGCUACCAAAUUGAUCCUGAAGUAUAAGUAAAAGAUGAUGUUUCAUAAAUAUGAUUUUCCUUCCUGGAAAGGGGUGUACAGUAAUUCAUAUUUUAAAAAUGCAAAGACGUGUAUGUAUGUUUGAAUGGGUGUAUGUUUGUAGGUGUAGGUGACUUGAUUUACUAUGUAACUAUACUAUAACCGUAACUAUAAAUUAUAUUUUGUAAAGCAGUUUGCAGUGCAGUAGGAUUGUAUAUUUGGAUUAUAAUGGGAUUAUGAUUGUGUAGUGAUUUAUGUGUAUGAUUUUCUCAUCAUGGUGCCAACCCACAAACAUAUACUGUAAAGAGAAGGUGGGGGAACAAAAUUAAAGAAUGUAAUGGAAUUGUGUAAUUUGUCUACCUUCUUUUGUUUCAGCAAAUCAUCUCUCGUCAGGUUUUAAUACUACAGUAACCCAGUGUCCAGUAUAUUUGACAUUGAGAAAAUAGG